CAGUGACUUGACAACUGUUUAUCAAUCGAUACGCAAUAAAACUUUCAAGAAACAAACAAAGCGAAAUUGUUAGUUAUUUUUGUUAGUCUUCAACACGCAACCAUUGAAAGUGGACCACAAUUAUUAAAUUACGUGUUUCCAAAAUGACAAACACGUUUGCUGUUUGUCUCGUAGCCAUAUCAUUCUUUUGUUGUACAUGUUUGUCUACAGCUAAACAAAUACCCAGAGAAUGUGCUAAGGGUCCUACAUAUUGGUGUGAAUCUUUAAAGAAUGCAGCCGAUUGUGGUGCCGUGGGUCACUGUACUAGCACGGUUUGGGAGCUUGAGGUCACCGAUGUCAAGAAUAACAUUAUCUCGGACAAGAUUGUACAAAAGUUCAGUCAGCUGAAAGAUGUCAAUACUAUGAUCAAUGCGGACUAUCUCUCGUCCUCAAUCAGCUCGGCCUGCCGCGACCUUCCUACUCCAGGUGUACAGCGUCUGUGUAAAGCUAACACAGCUGACCUGGGACAGUAUCUCUUGCAUGUUCUGCUAUCGAAAACAACACCACAGACUAUUUGCAGGAUAGUCGGAAUGUGUAACAAUGACAAGCUAGAGAACCUCAAUUUGAAAAAGAGGUCAAACGAACCGAGCAAAGAGAAACAUUUGUUGGGAGGCGCUCGUUGUACGUGGGGUCCUUCAUAUUGGUGCAGUAAUUUCAGUACUGGCAAGGAGUGUAAGGCAACUCACCACUGCGUACAAAAGGUUUGGUCCAAACAGACAUACCCCGAAGAUAAUGAUAGUAUAUGCAAGAUAUGUAAAGAUAUGGUGAAGCAGGCCCGGGACCAGCUGGAGAGUAACCAGACACAGGAGGAUUUGAAAGCAGUUUUUGAAGGUGAAUGUGAUCUGAUUCCGGUUAAGUUAAUAAGGAAAGAAUGUAAGGUGCUCGCUGACGACUUCGUGCCCGAGCUGGUCGAGACGCUCUCCUCGCAGAUGAACCCGGAUGCUGUGUGCUCUGUAGCCGGCCUUUGUAACAGUGAGAGAAUAGAUCACAUGUUAGAAGACUAUUCAUCUGCCCUGAAGUUGAGAGAAGAUUGCACCAAUUGCAGGCGUAGUGUUGGUAUAGCGAGGAAAAGGUUCGACGCUACCAGCUACGAAGACUUCCUUAUGGGAUUACUGAAGGUCUGUCAAGAGAUGGGCUCGCUGUCAGAUUCCUGUUCCAUGCUGGUGUUUAAAUAUUAUGAAAAUAUAAUAGAAGCUCUAAAGAAAGAUUUCACAGCGGAGGACGUGUGUCACCUCAGUGGACAAUGUGCCCACUUAUACCACACGCACGACCUGUACACCUUCCCCGAUGAUGAACAGCAUCUCAAAGCAUCCGAUGACAUCCCGUGCGAGUUCUGCGAGCAAAUUGUGAAACAUCUCCGUGACACGUUGGUCGCUAACACAACUAAGAUUGAGUUCAAGAAGAUACUUGUUGGUCUCUGCAAGCACUCCGGCAGCUUCAAGGACGAAUGUCUUCACCUAGUGGAUCAAUAUUAUGAAGUAGUCUACACGUUCCUCACAGCCGAAAUGCAGCCUCAAUUAAUCUGCGGUUUCCUCGGCGUUUGUAAAAAGAAGACGGACAUAACCAUCGCUCCCUUACUGCCCACUGAGCUGGAGAUUAAGACGAUCGGAAUAUCUGACUCACUUAUUGGAGCCGAUGAAGCCAACAGCUAUACACAUAAGCCAAAACAAGAUAAUGUAAAAAUCUUAGACGCGGAUAAAGCCCAGCUUCCUAUCGAGAGGAUGUUUGUGUCUGUGCCACAAACAGGAAAUACUGAGAUAUGUACAUUCUGUCAAUACUUCCUACAUUAUAUACAAGUUGAGCUCAGCGACGAAAACACUGAGGAGGCGAUAAAGAAAGUGGUAGAAAACGCAUGCGAUGUUUUGCCGAACGCCAUAGACUCUACCUGUAGGCAGUUCGUGUCACAGUACGGAGCUGCCGUUAUAGCGCUGCUGGUGCAAGAAAUGGAUCCCGCAGAGGUUUGUCCAACCUUAGGCCUCUGCCCCAAGUCGAAGGUCAAAGUAUCGGACAGUCCAAACUGUGCCUUAUGUCUGUUCGCGGUUCAACAAGUAGAAACCGUUCUGAAGGAUAAUAAAACAGAGGCUAGCAUCCGGAAAGCCUUAGACAGUCUCUGCAACAGCCUGUCGGCGAAUAUGCGCCCGGCGUGCGUAAACUUCGUCGAGUCGCACACGGACCAGCUGAUAGAGAUGCUGAUAGCUGAUCUCACGGCUCAGGAGAUAUGCGUGUUCCUCAAAAUGUGCAAGGACGAGCACACACGCACGGACCCGCUGAGGAUCACAGAUAUAGACAGGUUCCACCGCAAGCCGCAUCUGAGAGGAGACUGGAAUGCACGGAAACGACCCAUGCUGCCCAGGAACAUGCUGGAACCCGGCGUAGGAGAUAUUGAGACCAACGAGAUCCCGGACCACACAGUGAACGGGCGACCCGUCCACAACCAGAACCCCGUGUGUGUCAUCUGCGAGUUCGUGCUCAAGGAGAUCGACGACCAGAUCAAGGACAAACAUAACGUUGACGAAAUAAAGAAGGUGGUGCACGGCGUGUGUAAGCGGAUGCCGAAGUCUGUGAGGAACGAGUGUGACCAGUUCGUGGAGAAGUACGCGGACCUCGUGAUCAGUCUCCUGGUGCAGGAGCUGAACCCCGACGAGGUGUGCCAGCAGCUCAAGCUGUGCAAACCCUCCGGCAUCGAUCACUUUAAAGGUGAAGUCCUGAACUGCGCUGUCUGCGAGUCCAUUGUCCAGGUGUUGAAGAAGCUCGCCACCAACAAGAAGCUGGACGACGAUAUAAUACAUGUGACGGAACUGGCGUGCAAUGAGCUGCCGGCGAAAUUUGCGAAAAGGUGUCGCAACAUGAUGGAGGUGUACGGUGAGAGUAUCAUCGAGCUGAUCAAGUCCUCUGGAUCUAGAUUUAUCUGUGGCAUGAUUGGAUUCUGUGGGGAACGGCCGGCCAGGCUACAGAUGACGCCAGCUAUAUAGAGAUCAUACACCGAAGAUAUAUCUCAUUAGCAUGUAAUCAUUUCUCAUAUAAAAUGUAAUACUUAACCGUUCUGUUAAAUUUUAAUUUCGGUUUUAUUUUAAGUUAGUUUAUUAUUUUAAGUUCCCUUUUGUGUUUAGUCUCCCGUCCUCGUGUGUCUCUCAUUACCAACCACCGCGUGGAUCUCUCGCACGCAUAUUUACAUGUUGUACGUAAUAACUCAUACCAUUGAUAUACGUUAGCCUGUGAUAGAAAAAUCUUUUGUGAGUGCAUUAUAGAAUUGGGGAAAAAAAUUGCGUUUUAUUUAUGGUGUUGCCAUUUAACCUUUAUUUAUAUGAAAAUAAAAUUGAUAUAUUCAAACUCUUUAGUUGUGACACAUAAUGUUAAAGAUACUUUUGCGUUUUCUAUAGAAAAUAUACAAUUACUUAUUUUUAAUUUUUCUUAAAUUGUGUGUUUUAAAGAAAAAUAUAAUAUUAAUAUUCAGUUUUUUUUGCAUAUAAAAUCGCAAUAUACUUGGAAUUUUCUACUCAUAUUGUCCUAGCAAACUACAUACAGUAUAAAAUUAAGAAACAAAAAUUAUUGCAAAAAAGAAAUCCCAAUGUUAAUUUUAAUAAAAACUUCGCCAUUAUCAGACGCGUUCACAAUUUUUUUAAUAUAGAGGAAAAUAAAAUUACACAUAGAAAUAUAAAUAUAUAUUGAAAUUUUUCUGCAUUAUUUUAAUCAUCUUGCUUCGUUACUGUCAUGAGAUUCAUUUGUCUGGUGUGACUUCUGACGGCGUGGGCGUUUGGCAUUUCCUCUCUUCCCUCAUGUCAGUCGGUUGCGGCGCCAGUUCCGGCUGGUUGGGGUUGUGUCUCCGCAGGUAGUCGGCCAGCCACAACAAGGGUUCCGCGGGCCGGUCGUGGGCGAGCGUGGUCAGGGCCGGGGCGAGGGUCGGGGAUAUGUACUUCAGGAUAUAGUCACCUACCUGCCACUGACGGAGCAGCGGACCCACGAUCACUGGCAAACAUACGCAUUGAACGUAAUAGUUGUGGCCUUACUUAAUGUAUUGUUUUUAUUAAAUAAAUUAUAUUAAAAAUUAA